AUGUAUCGCCUUUUCCUCUUUGCGACAAGACAGCGCAAACUAACAAGAAAUCAAGGCCGCAUCAAUUCGUUCAACCCUACGCCUGAAAAGCCGUUUGUGCUCGGUCUUCCUACCGGUAGCAGCCCAGAGAUCAUCUACCGCAUCCUCGUGCAAAGGCACAAGGCCGGCGAGAUCUCGUUUCGCAAUGUCGUUACCUUCAACAUGGACGAAUAUGUCGGCAUCCCGCGCGACCACCCCGAGUCCUACCACAGCUUCAUGUACAAGCACUUCUUCUCGCACGUCGACAUCCUGCCGGCCAACAUCAACAUCCUGAACGGCAACGCGCCCGACCUCGGCGCCGAAGCCACUGCCUACGAGGCCAAAAUCGCGCGCAUGGGCGGCAUUGAGCUGUUUCUCGGUGGCGUCGGACCAGACGGACACAUCGCCUUCAACGAGCCCGGGUCAUCGCUGACGAGCCGCACGCGCGUGAAAACACUGGCCUACGACACCAUCGUUGCCAACUCCCGCUUCUUCGACAACGACAUCAACCAAGUGCCCAAGAAGGCGCUCACAGUCGGCAUCCAGACCAUCAUGGAUGCGCGCGAAGUCGUGAUUGUGUGCACGGGCGCCCACAAGGCGCUCGCUUUGCAUCACGGACUCGAAGGCGGCGUGAACCAUAUGUGGACGCUGUCGGCGUUGCAGCUGCAUCCUCACCCGCUGAUCGUGGCGGAUCGCGAUGCCACCAUGGAACUCAAAGUGAAGACGGUGAAAUACUUUGAGUCGAUCGAGCAAUCGGGCACUGAUGCUCGUACCCAGGGCCCACCAUUGGUGUAUCGCCCUCGCACUUACGUGCCAGCUCCAUUGACGACUUCUUCGGGCGUGACUCCAAACGGCAAUGCUAAUAACAACAGCAGACCCACGUCUGAUCCUUCUGUGACUGCUCGUGCCCUGUUCCCGAAAGACCUCAAGAUCAACACGGACAUGCACCGCUCUGCGGCUGAUGAGGACGGCGAAUUGACGCCGGACAGUAUGUCGUCUCGGCUGCUGGAUUCGGCCGUUUCAGGCUUGGAUGCUGCUCUGAAGGGGGAUUUGUUGCCCGAGUCGAUGGCGUCGAGGGUGACGGUUUAG